GUUUUGUUUAGUUCGAAUGGAUUUUAUCACGAUUUUAUUUACAAAAUCUUUCUAAAUUGCCGAGUCUCACAGUAUUUGAUUAAUUAAUAGGACAAAAUAAAUAGGAAUGGCCAUGCAGUGUCAACUGUGGAUGGGCAGUUUGGAGCCCAACAUGACUGAAAGUUUUAUAAUGGCUGCAUUCCAUCGAAUGGGGCAGCGUCCAUUAGCUGUGAAGGUGAUGAGAAACAAAUUCACUGGUGAACCUGCUGGUUAUGCUUUCAUUCAUUUUCAGACAGAUGAAGAGUCAGUGGACACAAUGCACAAGUUGAAUGGGAAGCCGAUACCUGGUACAUUUCCCGUGGUGCGAUUCCGCUUGAACACAGCAUCUCGGGAGGCUCGGACCAAUAUGCAGACCGAGAGAGAGUUCUCAGUGUGGGUCGGUGAUCUUAGCCCCGAUGUAGAUGACUAUUCUCUGUACCGAGUAUUUGCUUCCAAGUACUCAUCUAUCAAAACUGCUAAAGUUAUCCUUGACAAUGCGGGCUACACAAAGGGCUAUGGAUUUGUCAGAUUUGGCAAUGAGGAGGAGCAGCGGAAUGCUCUAUAUGCCAUGAAUGGCUACACGGGGUUGGGAACAAAACCGUUGAAGAUUUGCACAGCUGUUCCAAAACCUAAAGGUCUCCCAACUAAUCAGCCGAAUGGGGCAGGAGGCUCUGCAAACAAUCCUUCAUAUGCUGCGGGCACGGAGUACAACCAAUAUUAUGAUCCAUCAGCCUAUUGGCAGAAUUACUCAGCGUGGUCUGGCUACUAUGGGCAGGGUGAUCAGUCGGCGGCGGCGGCGCCGGCGGCCGAGCCCGCGCCCGCCGCGGCGGUCAAAACUCAGAGCGACGAGUUGGUCCUUGUCGAGCACAAGAGGCCUGUAGACGUGGAUCAGCUGAACAAGGAAUUCCUGGAGCCGCAGCUGUGCCUGUGGGACGCCCUCGAGGAGUCCCAGUGGUUCCCGCACGACGUCAUCGAGGCACAUUAGAGGGAAAAUUUGAACCCAUCAGUUGGUUCACAUAGUUAAGUGUAAAUUAAGUUAGUUUAAGACCUUUGCAAUUAUAAUACCUGUCUUAUCUUAUUAGAUUCAAGAUUUUCAUAUUUCUACUUAGACCUUAUGUUAAAGAGGGGUAAUUUUUUAAAGCAGAUGGUAUUUAAUAUUUUUGGUGAAAUGCAGAGAGUCUGUUUGUAAGUUCGAUUAAAUCCUAUGCAUCAUUUUUAAUUUGAAAUGAUUUAUAGUUUUCUCUCUACUCCGAUGCCGUACCGUAAGUUUAAAGGUUUUUGGCCGUAGCUAUUACGAAUAAUUUGAAACAAAAUAAAAAAAAUGUAUGACA